AUGUCGAAAUUCCUCAUCGCUUCGCUCACAGAAUGGCAACGGUUUCUUCAAUGUCCACCAGACCUGGAGCUCAAAUCCCCGACCAAAAAGAAAACCACUCAGACGUUCCAAGAAAGAGCCUUGAAGACGACCUCCCUAACGCGCUGUAGUCUGCUUGCACCUGACCCCCUGUGGAAAUGGAUCAACCAAUAUGGUGAGUUGGAGCUGUUGCCUGCACGAUCUCCUUGGUUAUACCACGUUCCACGGUUCACGGCUGGCGGGGACGAAGAUAUAUCUAACCGUCGUCAUUGCAGCGUUUCCACCCGUCUCUCCGGCGACGCCCUCAAGAAACUUCCUCAGGCCAAAGCCAUGACGGAGUUCCUCAACACUGAGCGCUUGGAGGAUCGACUCCUCAAGGGCACCGCUCCUGUCCAGAAUGAGGGUCAACGUGAGGGCAAGGACGCCGUGGAGCGGCUGGACAUGUGGAUGUCUUUGAUCACGCCCCGGAGUCGUAUUGAUCCGAUCUUGGACCCAUGGGCGACACGUCCCAUGUAG